AUGUGGGGGGUGGCCGGCCGGCUCAGGAGUGAAUUCUUGCUUGGCCAGCCUCCUUUUACAGUCUGCAUGGAGAGCCCGGCUGGCAUCCUGUGGGCAACUGGCCCAGCAGGCCUGUCCACCUCUGUAUUUCCGGAACUUAGUGGUUGCAUCCAACUGGUGGCAGGAUCACUGGAGAACACGUUAUGGUCUGCAUGGAGGGACAUACAUUCACAGACAAGGGAAAGGGAAUAUGUUAAUGAAGUAAACUCGCCAUUCAUGCAAGACGCUGGGAUUACAGUUAUCCCUGACCCAAUUGCAGUCAAUGGGCAUGCACUCGAUUAUCAAAACUCGCCAUUCAUGCAAGACCUUGGGAUCACAGUUAUCCCUGACCCUGGAUGGAUGAGUUUGAGUGAAUCCUUAGUGCACAUUGCAAAAGGAGGCUGGCCCUACAAGCAAGAAUUCACUUCUAGGUCGGCCAGCCACCCCCCACAUACUGCAGGGGUGGGCAGGCCUACUGGGCCAGAUGCCCAGAGCAUGUCGGCCGGCCCCGACAUGCAGAUUGCAGAUGGAGGCUGGCCCUGCAAGCAAGAAUUCUCUCCUAGGCCGGCCAGCCACCCCCCCACAUACUGCAGGGGUGGGCAGGCCACUGGGCCAGAUGCCCAAAGCAUGUCGGCCGGCCCCUCUAUGCAGGCUGCAAAGGAAGGCAGGCCCAGCAAGAAUUCAUUCCCAGGCCAGCCGGCCACCCCCCACACACUGCAGAGGUGGGCAGGCCUACUAGGCCAGAAGCCCAAGGCAUGCCGGCUGACCCAUCUAUGCAGGCUGCAAAGGGAGGCAGGCCCAGCCAGAAUUCAUUCCUAG